CGUGGACCCGCAGGGCGACUUGAUCUCUUGAUGCGUGCUCCAGUGGACAUUUUCUACGAGAUUGUCUCCCACCUGCACCCGCUCGACCUCAUCAAUGUCGCGAGGACCUCGAAGCCUCUCCGUACAUUACUCAUGACCCGGAAGAGCAGGUCGGUAUGGAGAUCAUGUCUUGGGAACGUGAGAGGUCUUCCGCCAUGUCCAGAUGAAAUGAAUGAACCCGCGUACGCUGCGCUCCUUUUCGAGCGCAUUUGCACCGUA